AUGGCCGCGGGGGGGCCCCCGGGUGCUUCUUUGUUCAGCACCGGCGAAGCGCUGGUGGCGGGGAUCACCGGCCUGACGGACAGCCUCAACCGCAUGCAGCAGCUUUGCUUCUCGCGCUGCUGCUGCCGCGUGGGGCCCCAGGGAGAAGUGCUGCUGCGGGGGCCCCUCGAGCCCCACUUGGAGGUCUGGGAGAAGGCCUGUGUGGACCGCUGCAUAAGCAAGCACAUGCAGACUCACCAGCUGGUGGGUGCGGAGUUGGCAGCUGCGCAUUCUGCAGCAGCAGCAGCAGCAGCAGCAGCAGCAGCGCCAGCAGCAGCAGCAGGGGCCGCUGCGGCCCACCAGCCCUUCUCCUUCGCCUUAAUGUGA